AUGGCUGGUACUGGGGUUGGCAUUGGGCAAGUGUCGCUGGUGGCGUUGGCCAUCGCACUGAUACACUGCUCGCGGGACCACAGUGUCGUCGUGUCUGCGCUCGGGUUUUCCGUCAUUGGGUUUGCCGUGACAGACGCUUUGAUCUCACGGUGUGGUCCAUCGUUCAUUAAAAUUGGUCUGUUUGGCAAGGACAUGAGCAAAAUAGGGAAACCUGUUUUGCCCGAGGCAAUUGGUGCCGUCUCGGCAAUGGUCUACAUAAUGAUCAUGUUCUUUUACAUCCCAUUCAUCUUCUACCGGUACAUGGUGUUAGACACUGUCGGUGGUGGGGACAGGAACACGUCCGUAGAGAUGAACGGGUGGUCAAAGUCGUCGUUCCCGCACAAUAAACUGUCCGAAUACUUGUCGAGCGUCUUGUGUCUUGAGAGCACAAUUGUGCUCGGGAUCUUCGACGACCUUUUCGACCUGCGCUGGAGACACAAGUUCCCACUACCUGCUAUCGCAGCUAUCCCGCUAUUGCUCGUCUACUACGUCGACUUUGGAGUCACAUACGUGUUGGUCCCCAAUUUCGCAAAGGACUUAUUCCAGGGGAAGACCCUGGUGGAUCUCGGCGUUGGGUACUACGGAUACAUGGCAGCAAUGGCCAUAUUCUGCCCUAAUUCGAUCAAUAUCCUUGCUGGGGUCAAUGGACUGGAGGUCGGGCAAAGUAUCGUUUUGGCGUCUUUGUCCUUGAUCAACGACUUGUUGUACCUGACGAUGGGCAACGAGUCCUCGAGAGACUCGCACCUGUUCAGUGCGGUGCUGAUCAUUCCAUUCCUUGGCGUGUCCAGUGCACUGUACAAAUGGAACAGAUGGCCCGCAAAAGUGUUUGUUGGAGACACGUACUGCUACUUCGCAGGGAUGGUGUUUGCCGUUGUAGGGAUAUUGGGACAUUUCUCAAAGACAAUGCUAAUGUUGUUUAUACCACAGAUCCUGAACUUCAUUUACUCAUGUCCCCAACUGUUCAAUAUUGUCACUUGUCCAAGACAUAGACUGCCCAAGUUUAACGAGAAGGAUGGUUUAUUGUACACCUCCAGAGUCAACUUGAAGGAGAAUCCACCUAAGAGGGUUUUUGUGCCUGUCUUGAGAAUCCUACACUUCUGCAAAUUGAUUGACCUGGAGACCGAUCAAGAUGGUACACUCGUGUCUUGUUCCAAUAUGACACUGAUCAACCUCGUGCUUGUUUGGUUUGGGCCUAUGAGGGAGGACAAGUUGUGCCAGCUCAUUUUGAAACUGCAGUUUGCCAUUGGGCUUUUAUCCCUUUUCGGAAGACAUGCUGUAGGCGCCAUCUUGUUUGGCCACGAUAAUUUAUGGACGAUUAGCUGA